GCGUGUCUUCUCUCCUUCAAACAGAUACUCUCUCAUCUGCUUCAUUUCCGCAAACCCGCCGAGCAAAUGAUGAUUAUCAUCAUCAUUUUGAUGGUACCCCUUUUUGCUGUCGAUUCUCUGAUCGGACUUUGGGAUAUAACGGCCGCCGAGGUCGUUGUCAUCGCACUGGACGCGGUCAAAGAGUGUUAUGAGGCCUUGGUCAUUUGGGCAUUUCUCAAGCUAAUGUACCUGUACUUGGGCAUUUCUCUCGACGACAAGAAGGUUCCGAAGGCUGUAGAGAAUCAAAAGAUCCAUCUCUCCUUUCCCUUAACUCUGUUUUACCCCAAAGAGGUGGGGUUAAGCUCAUCGAUGCUCCUCACGCUGGAGUCUUGUACCAUGCAGUUUGUAAUCUUGAGACCCAUCUUAGCCAUCGCUGUCAUCGUGCUCGAGCUCAUGGGAUGGUACAACGGAAUCAUCUCUGCGAUUUUCUCAAUCGUCCUCAACAUCUCAGUUUCGCUGGCGCUGUACGUCCUCGUGCUCUUCUACCACGUUUUCGUCUCCGAAUUAGAGCCCCAUAAACCCCUUCCGAAAUUCUUAUGCGUCAAGGGCGUCGUCUUCUUCGCGUUCUGGCAGGGUGUUGUGCUCGAGGGCCUUGUGUGGGCUGGCAUUGUGCACGAGGGCCAUUGGUUCUACUCUGUCGAGCAGGUGGAGUUGGCGAUCCAAAACUUUCUAGUUUGCGUAGAGAUGCUCUUUUUUGCCAUGGCGCAUUCUUGGGCCUUUGACGUGGUACCGUAUCGGAAAAAGGCAGUUGAGAAGAAGGAGACAGUCGACAGCAAAACGCAGAAAGAGUCGCUAAGACAGGAUAGUGAAGAAGUGAAAAGCAAGACAGACGAAGGAUUGCGGAAGCGUAAAGACACACAAACAACAAGAGAAGGCGAUGAUGCUGCAGCCGUCCCACAGGAACAGGAAGGAAAGAAGGACAAUUGACUGCUGUCGAGGUGAGGUCGCUGGUUUGUAAUUGGAAAAAAAAAAAAAGAGGUGACGCCGUAUCACGAAAAGGCGGUUGGGAUAAAGACGAGAGUGGACGGAUAAAAGGGCAAAAAGUUUCCAUGAGACGAUAGUGAAGAAGCGAAAGGCAAGAUCGGUGAAGACCUGCGCAAGCGGAUCAACGGCGGAGAAUGGCGAGGACCCUGCGGAUGUCCAAGACGAACAGAAAAUGAAGAUGAACAAUUGACUCUCUUGUGCGAGUCAGGUUGUUGUUGUUGUUUUUGUGCUAGAUAAUUGACACCCGUGUGCAAGAGAACUUAGAGGACUUCGAGAAGUGAAUCAAGUUCAGAUGCGUUGACGACGUCGGCAAAAUUUGCCGAACCCUCGGCCUUUCUAGCGGACUCGCUUACACAAUGGAGUUUUUGUUUUUUCUUUUCGUGUUUUCCUUCUUUAUUUUUUUUAAUUAUCCAAUGAAGUUAUCGUUGGCGUACGGCCGCGUACCUUGGUUCUUCAUUUGGGUUCGGCGGAGGGGGACAGGGAGCUACUUGAUCUUCAAUGCACAUUGAGAAUCUGAGAUUCUUCAGUGCUGUGCUGAGGGGGGAUAAACCACCAGCUUUUCGUCGAUUUUGAUUGAUGUACACUGAGGGGAUGAAGCACAGACUGCAAGAUCGACAGACUUGCAGACAGGCAGACAGAGCUAAGGGGGGUGGAAAGGAAAAAAGGACUGAGCUCGCGAGUCAACUAAUAACUUCAUACAAGUAGUAAUAAGUACUAAUAAUAAGUUAAUAACAUUGUUUCGUUAUUUUUUUUGUCAUUCAGAAAAUGAAAGAGGUUUGGUGGGCUAAGCCCAGUCUAUUGGUGGGAAGCAGCACCUGUGGGAAAACGGGUUCAGCAUUUUUAGUCAGAAAAAAAAUGAAAGAGGUUUGGUAGGGUCUGGUAGCGCAGGGCAGGUGGUAGUAAUGGAUUAUUUAAUCCGCGCACGUUUACAUAUAUUAUAUGUGUUAUUUUUGUACCGGAAAAUAAUAAGAAAACAGGCCUGUCGAAAUCAGAUGAAUACAACUUCAUCAACGCAGGCUUGGCGGUGGUCGUUUUGGGGUCCCUUUUUAGAUCCUUACUGAGCGGAUCAGAGUUGUUGGAACAUACUAGUGCACACCUGACCCAUGUGGAUGAACAAAAGGUUAUGGGUUCG